ACUGUUUUUCUCGCUCAAAAUUUCUUGCUCUCCUCAUCAAAUCCGUGGAGAUCUUACGUUUCAGCUUAGUUGACUCCAAUUCAUAAUUGCGGAGCGCCAGAAUCAUCGUACGACUCAGCCUAUCGCGUAUCUAUAUUAGCAUUUUGCACCUAGAUUCUCGAAUUCAACGUCUUCUUCCUAGGAACCGCUGGGCCGGUAUGUCCUACAUCACUCGCUUCUUUGCCAGACCAACUCAGUUGCCAUCGACGUCGCUGGACGACAUGAAGGAUGAACCGAGGGACAUGAGUAUCUGGUCACGCGAAAGGCCAUACUCAUCGUCGCAACACGUGCUUGGAAAAGGUUAUGCUCAACCUUCUCCGCCUCCCUUGCCCGCACUCGUAACAGACUCUCGUGAGCAGGACAAGCAUGUUGGCCUAUUCGACAGUCCUGAGCACCCUCUCUCAGCGAGCACACAAUGGGAGGACACGGAGGAGUCGGCGGGGACCACGCCACGACAGUCAUAUUGGACAUGCGGCAGCCCGCCGGUUCGUGAUGAACAACCCCGACCAGUUCUUCGAAUAGACACUCAAUCAACCCCAAGAACCGGUUUAACAACUCUCGACCAAAACCCCUUUUCUCCGAAAUCUGCUUCUUGUGAUCGUGGAGUCGGUUUGUCUACUAUGAAUGGCAACAGCGGACAUGCGUCCGCUGCAAGCAGAACGUCCGAGGAGGAACCGCGCAGUCGCUUUAGCGCUUGGACAUCAACGACCUCUGGAACGCCGAAAACAAUCAGAGGGAAAAGGUUGACAAGGCAAAGUGCAUCAACUGUGCCUGCCAGUGGAAUCUCUCCAUCAAGCGCCGUAGUGGAUCUUGUCUACCAAUUUUCAUCCCCAGUGCGCCGCGAGCUGGAUACCGCUGGACCAGAGCAGAACAGACUGGCCCUUCCAGGCUGGCGUCCUCGAUCCAGUGUCUAUUCGCAGGCGACAAUAUUUCUCGGUGACGGGACGUCUUUCCAGAUGCCUCCAAGCCCUGUGCCGCCAAUACCCAAGAUUGCCCCUCACUGGAUCGCCGAUCCCAGAUAUGUCACAAGCCCCCAAGACGGCCCAACCGCCGGAAAGACUGGAAAUCAAACAUGGAUUUCUUCGCCUCAAACUCAUCAAACGUUUACGUCAGAGCACGAAUAUAGCAUUCACCAGAGCUCGGAGAACGACGCUGAAGGAGCUCGUUCAAAACCUUGCAAUUUAAAGAUUGACACUUCCAAAACUCGACCUCCAUCUGACGGCUAUUGGGUUCAAGGAAUACUGACGGCUCAUCUCCUGACCCCCAGUCCUGGGCAACAGGUCCGGAGUAUCAACGGCCAGCAUUCUUUAAUGACGCCCAAGGUUGCGGAUCAAAAAUUUUCAUUCACACAAAGUUUUUGGUCUCCUCUCUCAACAAAAGACGAAACUUUAGGAAAUGACUCAAGGUCUCAGGGCGAGGAAAUCAUCAUGUUUGGGCUUGAAGAAGAUACCAAUCAGAGACAUUCCCUGCGAAGUGCACCAGCACUUUCUCGAAGCUUGAUCGCGCAUCAUACUCCAUCUAUCAUCGACCAAGCUGACGCCGUCCCUAUACAUCGCCAACUUGCCUCUUCUGCACGAUCAGAUCCCGACACGCCGCGUCAAUCAAGCCCUUCUUCGCCCAUUACUCCAAGGACUGUAUGGUCUGGAUUCGUAAAUGACCGAAAAGACUCACGGCCUACUUUCGCGAGUCGUUCGUUUCUAAAAGAAAAGGUAGACUCGGAUACUACGAAUGCUUUUCAUCUUGCUUCCAAGGAUCUACCAGCCAACAGCUCAAAGAAGCAGAGCGAAACGCUUCCCAGAAGAGGCACGGCAUCUCCUUCUAGAAACUCUGUAUAUCAAGAAUACUUAUCUCCCCAACCGCCACCCUAUACGUCCAAGGCGCCAUCCUCUCGUGGCUCAAGCAAAAUCAUGCCUCAUGAGGAACAAAAUAAUUGCCAUCAAACUCCGCGGACCAUCCCUUGGCCGAGUUUUGGUGGCUCGCAUGACUCUCCAUCCGAAGAGUCCAUCCCGCGAACCCCUGAUGAGGAAGACGUCAAGUUCUAUGCGUCUAUAACCGGAUGGAACAAACCUCCAGGUACAGUUGCGGCAAAGGCUGCAUGCGUUGCUACUGAGCGCAGUGUGGAUAGGAAAUCUUUUCCAAAGCCCCCAACCAGCGACCGUCGUCGACUCAUCAAACGACGAAACCUGAUACGGUGGUUCAUUUUCUCAGCUUUUCUCAUUUGCAUAAUGAUAAUUCUCGCGGUUGUACUUGCCACUACUCUUCACACUAAACACCCAUCAUCACCACCAAUAUCCUUCUGGGUCAAUGGCACUGGGUUUCCUCCCAUGCCUACGGGAACCCUGACAGUAGCCCAGCCAAGCGCUGCCGUAGAAAAUGCAGGCUGUGUAAAUCCUUCGACCAUCUGGAGCUGCGCUCUACCCAAAGAGCAGCAAGCAGCGAUUUCCCCUAAUGCGCCUGACCAACCAAACUUUCGAUUCGACAUCCGGUAUCUCAACAGCAGCAGUAACAACAACGCUUCUGACGUUUCCUGGAUACCAACGCCCGCUGCGCCGAGUCUUGAGGACCAGAUAUUUCUCGGUAAUACUACCGACGGCAUCACUACAUCAUUGUACGAAGGAGAGGAAACACCAUUCUAUAUUACCUUCAUGUCCACUUUGCAAACAUCCUCAUCCUCAUCAGCUUCACUUAUCAAGCGAAGCCAAAGUACCAAUCCCAGCAGUGCCAGCAGCGCGACCGCAACUAGCAGCAGGAGUAUAUCAUCUGCGAUUCCGGCGCCGGACGUUGACGCAGACGGUGAUCCCGCACCUGCGAACCUUCUUCCCUACCCUGUAUCGCAGCCGCUUCGCCUCUAUAACCGUGGCUUGCCUACCGAGCAUUACGGCUUCUACAACUACUUUGACCGAUCUAUUUUCCUUUCUUCCAUCGACGGCGUAAGCUCAGCAGAUCUGGAUGGAGGCUCUCCCCAAGACCAAGCAACUUUGAGAUGUACGUGGGCACAGACCCGAUUUCUGGUGCAGAUUUGGACUAGAAGAGGUAACGCCACGGCGUUACUUCCCACCCCUGUAUCCGCAAUAUCAUCCUCGUCGUCUGUAUCGCCUUCUGUAAAGCAAUCUUCUUCCGCAGCUGCCUCUGCAACGGCGUCGGCUCUCAACUCAACUACAUUCUCUCGACCCGGUACAUUUCCUUAUCCUGUGACCAUCACGCUUGACCGCCAUGGCGGUAACGACGCCGAGAAAAUGAUCUACUGCUAUGGCAUUAAUUCGACAACCCGUGCCAUUGUUCCGUCGGACAAUUUCUACCAGGUUGAAGAUCGGGGGUUUGGCGGGACUUUGGUCAAUCCUGCCUCACUGGAGUCGAGUAAUGAAACUGCCAAUAGUGUCGCAAGCCGGAGCAUGAUAGCAGUCCGUGAUACCCAGUAUGGAGGCAUCGACGGCGGUACAGGUGGAUGUUCAUGUCAAUGGCAGAACUUUCUUGCACAGUCUUGAAGGAGCCUUUUUUCGGGUCUCAAGUCUGGUCAACGCUGGCCCAAUCUUCACUUUUCUCUUCCCUUUUAUUCACCUUUCGAUUUCAUCGGCAUCUUGCCUUUGUCACUUCCUUGCUUUCACGUCUUUUCCUAUUCCUUUACACAAAAUGGUGCAAAUUCUGGAAUGCCGAGUCACGAUCUGUCUAUUAGCGGGGCGGAGUUAUGGAGUCAUCCGGCUGGGAGCAUAUUGAGCGGCUUGUUUUAUCAUUUUUAUCUUCAAAGAUUAUCAAUAUGGGCCAAUCACUUGGGCGUUGGGUAGCACUAUCAAUCAUAUCCGUCUAUACUCUAUACAAUACAAUAGUAAUUGUCAUGCAGGUU